AUGCCACCUGUCAGUGCCCAUCAGUGCCACAUUUCAGUGACUACCAGUGCACAUUAAUGCCACAUAUCAGUGUCCAUCUGAGCUGCCUUUCAGUGUCACCCAUCAGUGCCAGUCAGUGUCACCUAACAAUGCCAGUCAGUGCUGCCAAUCAGUCCCACCUAUCAGUGCCAGUCAGUGCCAACUAUCAGUGCCAGUCAGUGCCGCCUAUCAGUGUGCAUCUGUGCCACCUAUCAGUGCCCGUCAGUGCUGCCUAUCAGUGCCACCUAACAUCAGUGCCACCUAUCAGUGCCAUAUAUGAGUGCUGCCUUUCAGUGCCCAUCAGUGAUGCC